AUGUCGAGCGUCUCAUCGUCGACAACUUCGGCGCGCCUUCACCGCGCAUCGGCCAAGACGCGCCGCCCCGCGCGCGUUGUCGCCACCCGGGCGGCAUCCUCCUCCCCCUCCUCCCCCUCCUCCUCCUCCUCCUCCUCCUCGUCGUCGCCCGCGAUCAUCGGCGGCACGAAAGAUGACCUGGACGUCCAGCUCGGCAAGGGUGCCGGUUGGGAGAGCGACGAGCUUCCCGACGAGGUCGACGUCGUCGUCAUCGGCGCCGGCAUCGGCGGUCUCUCCUGCGCCGCGCUCCUCGGCAGGUACGGACUCUCCGUCGCCGUCGCCGAGGCGCACUACGUCGCGGGUGGCGCCGCGCACGGAUUCGUCCGAGACGGCUUCCACUUCGACGCGGGUCCGUCGUACUUCCUCGGGCUGUCGUCCCCGCCGGGCGAGAGCAUCAACGGCGUUCGGCAGGUCAUGGACGCGGUGGGCGAGUCCCUACCGGACGGCGUCGCCGUCUACAACUCGCUCAAGAUGUACUUUCCCGAGGGGAAGUUCGAGUGCGUGGCGAACCGCGAGACGUACAGGAACGCAAUCGCGAGAUUCGCGGGUGACGAGGCGGUGGCGGAGUGGGACGCGCUGGAGCACGCCAUGUCCGGCCUGGGCGACGCCGCCGUCGCGAUUCCCUUCGCGGGAAUGCGCGCGGACGCCGGGGUGGCGCUGACCAUGGCCAAGUACGUCCCGCCGCUGUUCAAGGCUCUCGGGAACGGCCCGAGGGGAGCGGAGGGGUUCGAGGAUGCGAAAUACCUCCGAGAGAACUUCAGCGUCCUGGUCGACGAGCACGUCAAGAACCCGUGGCUCCGCGGUUUGCUCGACCUGGAGUGCUUCGUGAUAAGCGGGCUAAAGGCGGACGCCACGUCCGCGGCCAUCAUGGCGUUCACGUACGCGGAGCGGCACAAAGAGGAGGGAUGCGUGUACGACUAUCCCAUCGGCGGAUCGAUGGCGCUCAUCGACGCGCUCGCGAGAGGCGUCAGGAAACACGGCGGCAAGCUCGCGCUUCGUUCCCCCGUGGAUCGCAUCGUGUUGGACGACGAGGGUAAGGCGUGCGGGGUACGGUUAAAGCGGGGCGGGAGAGUGGUGCGCGCGAGAAGGGCGGUGGUCACCAACGCCUCCGCCUGGGACACCGUGAACUCGCUCCUGCCCGAGUCGGUUAAGACGGAGCGGAGGACAAACGGCGACGAGACGCACACGGAAACGACGCCCAAGUGCGGGUCCUUCGUGCACCUCCACGUCGGGUUCGACGCGACGGGGUUGCCAGCGAACGAUGAGCUCGGGAUUCACCACCUCGUCGUGGACGACUGGCGCAAGGGCGUGGAUGGGAAACGAAACGUCUUCAACAUCUCGAUACCGAGCACGCUGGACCCGAGUGCGGCGCCGCGGGGUAAACACGUGGCGCACGUGUACGGCGCCGCGAACGAGCCGUGGGGGGACUGGGCGAACGUCAAACACGGCAGCGACGAGUACAGGCGGAUGAAAAAAGAGGCUGGCGACGACUUGUACAGGGCGCUGGAGCGGGUCAUACCGGACAUUCGGCGUAGGGUGGAGUGCGAACUCGUCGCCACGCCGUUGACGCAGAGGCGAUUCGUGAAGAAGGUGGAGGGCACCUACGGACCGGGCGUGGACAUGACCCGAUUCAACGUGUACGGGGCGAACCUACCGCCGGGACCCACCACGGGCGUGCCCAACCUGUACGCCACGGGCGACUCCACGUACCCGGGCAUCGGGGUUCCCGCGGCGGCUGGAUCCGGUUUCUUCACCGCAAACUCCAUCGUGUCGGUGUGGAAGCACAUGGGCAUGGUGUUGGGCCUGGGCUGGGACAAGAUUGGCAAGAACGUUUGA